AUGCCGCCUGAAUCGUGUGAAAUGUUCCUGAACUCAGCAGCAGCACAAACCCUCUAUUCCUGGUCAAUUCCUGUUUGUGUGCUGACAGACGGGAUGUUUGGGAAGUGUCACUCUGCUCCGGUGAAGGAGGUUUACACCUACGAUGUGUCUCCAUCUGUGGUGCAACGCUUCAGGAUGCUGCUGGAGAAGCUGUCCAACAGAGGUCUGACCUGGGAGGACGACGACACCCAGCAGGUCCUGUCCAAGGAGUUAUCCAAGCUGAGGAGGAUUCCCUACAGGCCGCAGCAGAACUCGCCUGUCUACAAUGCAGACAGCAGGCCGAUAGCUGAAGCGAUGGACCCAGUAGACCAGAGGGUGAAGCCAGUGGAGGUGGAGCUCAGCAGAAACCUGCAGGCAUACCUCCAACGUCUUGGUCUUAUUCCGAAGACGUCGUCUGCCUCUGGUCUGAGCUCACCUGUCAAGAGUGACCGUUUCCAGUCCGGCAUCCUUUCAGAUUUCUAUCGCUCCAAGGCCAAGACUUUGGCUCAGAAGUCGCCUCCCUCCGGCUUCUCUUCUGUUUCAUCCCUCCAGCCUCUGCAGAAGCAGAGACCUCCAGCCGACCAGCUCCUCGCCAUGCGGGCGGAGGGUGACCUUCUCCUCAGCGCCCUGAGGCAGCAUCUCUCCGGGCAUCUGUCCCUGCACAGCGGUGGGCCGAGUCCCGCCCAGGAGGAGACCCUCUCUUUGCGCCUCAGGCCCUUCUACGGCAACGGAAUAGAAAAUUCUGGGCUCAAAAAAGAGACCUCAAAAUCCAGGCUUCUGAAGAUGGGAAGAACUCAGGGGGCUUCAGUCAAGGACCCGCUCACAUCUGUGGACGAGAGGUUCAUCGAGAACGUGCUGAAGAACGUCGGCAGGCAGCACGUGGACGUGGACAACCUGACGCCGCAGGACUUGGACCAGCUGUCCAGCCUGAUAGCGGACGCCCUGCAGGUGGUGGACCAGGACCAGGGCCGGACUCGGGCUCGGGGACCCGGACCAAGAGACCUGGAGGGAGAACCGGGGGAAGAAGACGAGGAAGAGGAGGGGGAGGAAGAGGAGAAGCUGGCGAGCGCUCCCACUCUGAAGUCGCUGGAGAGCACCGCUGAGGCACUGGCAGCACUUCAAGAGCGCCACUCGGACACAGAAGAGCAGAAUGUGGAGGACAAGGCCGAGAGCGGGAGCCUCUUGACCAAACUCCUCGCCUACCUCGACAAAACUCCCUUCACUGGCCCUCCACCAGCCAGAAACCGCUACGAUGUCGCCAUGGAGACGCCCAGAGGCCAGCCGGUCGGCCUGGAGAAUGUCCAGAGUCGGACCAGCGAGGCCGGAGUGACGGUGCAGAAGAAGGACGCCACCCAGUCCGUGGAGGAGGUGUCUGAGGUGGAGGGCUGGAUCAAGGAGGUUCCGCCCCCUCCGGCUUCGCUCGUGUACGAUGAGCCGCACAAGAACACGAUGCACGUCCCCGAGCUCCAGCUGGACGUGAAAGCCGGCAGGAAGAAGGCCGACGAUGACGUCUUCGGCUACGUCAUCACCGACACAGAUGGGCUCCAGACAGACGAAGGACUCCACCUGAUGGAAAUUCUGGCUCGGAGGGCCAAAAUCCAGAUGACCGACUUCGCCGAGCUCUCGGUGGUGGGUCCGGCUGUGACCUUCAAAGUGAACCCCAACACUCAGAACGUCAGCACCGCAGAUGUGGCCAACGUAGCAGUCCAGCAGAAAGCAGAGCUGGAGAAGGAAGCCAAGGUCAACAUCCUGGAGGCCGGGGUCGCCGACGGAAGCCAGAUCAACCAGAUCCCCACCAAGUACAGCCAGGCAGAGUCCACCAAGUUCCUCAUCCUCACCGUGGUGUCCAUCCUGUGCAUCGUGGGCGUGCUGCUGGCCUCCACCGUGGUCUACUGCCUCCGCCACCGCUCCCACCACAAGCUCAAGGAAAAGCUCACCAACCUGGGAACGGAUACGAGCGGCGAUGCUACCGCCACCUAUCAGGAGCUCUGCCGGCAGCGAAUGGCAGUCAAACCUCCAGCCGAGCGUCCGGAGCCCAUCUCCUCCAGGAUCAACAGCGUCUCGUCCCAGUUCAGCGACGGCGGUCCGGCCAUCAGCCCGUCGGCGCGGAGCAGCAUCUCCUCCUGGAGCGAAGAGCCCGCCCACUCCAACAUGGACAUCUCCACCGGUCACAUGAUCCUGUCCUACAUGGAGGAUCACCUGAAGAACAAGGACCGUCUGGAGAAGGAGUGGGAGGCGCUGUGUGCAUACCAGGCCGAACCCAACGCCUGCACCGUCGGACUCAAGGACGGCAACGCCAAGAAGAACCGUUCGACUGCUGUGGUGGCAUAUGAUCACUCCAGAAUCACCUUGAAGGUGGAGAACAGCCAAGGCAACUCUGAUUACAUCAAUGCCAGCCCCAUUAUGGAUCACGAUCCCAGGAACCCGGCCUACAUCGCCACUCAAGGUCCGCUGCCCUCCACCGUGGCUGAUUUCUGGCAGAUGGUUUGGGAGAAUGGCUGUGUGGUCAUUGUUAUGCUGACUCCUCUGGUGGAGAACGGGGUGAAGCAGUGCUACCAUUACUGGCCUGAUGAAGGAUCCAACCUGUACCACAUCUACGAGGUGAACCUCGUAUCCGAACACAUCUGGUGCGACGACUUCCUGGUUCGCAGCUUCUACCUGAAGAACAUGCAGACCAAUGAGACGCGGACCGUCACUCAGUUCCACUUCCUGACUUGGCUCAACCAGAACGUUCCGGAGACCAGCCGGACGCUGCUCGACUUCCGCAGGAAAGUUAACAAGUGCUACCGGGGACGCUCGUGUCCUAUCAUAGUCCACUGCAGCGACGGAGCUGGAAGAAGUGGAACCUACGUCCUGGUCGACAUGGUCCUCAACAAGAUGGCGAAAGGUGCCAAGGAGAUCGACAUUGCGGCGACUCUGGAGCACCUGAGGGACCAAAGGCCAGGGAUGGUGCAGACGAAGGAUCAGUUUGAGUUUGCUCUGACGGCUGUUGCUGAGGAGGUGAACGCCAUCCUGAAAGCUCUCCCACAGUAGGAAGAAGCUCCGACUGGAGGAUCGCCCUGCUGUUGCCUCCCUUCGUUUCCUCCUUCUGUUGUCUCCAUCUCCUCUUGUGCUUCACUUCA